AUGACCAAGGCAACUCGAGGCCCGAGGAGUAAUUCUGGGUUACAAAGUAGUUCCAAGUCACCAACUGUUGAAUCUGUUAACAAAUGGAAGAUUCCUCAUUAUUACAGAAGAUCACCAUCCAGCGCGUCUCAAAAUUCAAAUUCAAUGGAUUCAAAUGGUGGUAGUACUCCAACGACACCCAACAUCAAUGUAAUGAGUUCUCCGAAGAAAGUUUUGAUAGAAGAUCGAAAGAGAAAUGAUAGCGCUAAUGGCGGUAGUUGUAAUAGGCCAAAAAAAAGUAACGGAUCAAGAUCAAAGCGAAGUAGCAAGAAAAAUCCAGGUGAAAUGGUUUUUGUUAAUUACACUGUUCAAGAUGGUGGGUCUGAUAUUGAUAAUAAUAAUUCGCCGAAUGAAUUUUCACAACCCCCUCCAAAAAAGAAAUCGUCCAAGAGUCGUAUGCUAAAAAUUUUUGGAAAUUCUAAAAAUGAAUCUCCAGAUGGUAGUCCAAGUCAAUCUGUUAAGCGAUCUUAUAGCUCAUUGCUGAAGUAUGCCCCCUCACUACCCCAAGGUAACGGCUUACCGCGUCGUAUCGUUACUGGUAAUCAUGGUCAGUCCGCGAAUGGAAGUUUGGGUGAUUCUGAUGACGAAAUAGUCCCUACUUCACAACCGCCAUCCCAAUUCGAUCCCUUAUCAUUAGGAAUUUUUCAGCCCUAUAUGGCGGAUAACAUUGUCUCCACAGGCAACGAUAGUGAUACACUUAAGAAUGCUAGUAAUGACUCUCAUAGUAACAGUACUAAUGAACAAUCUAUCAUUUCCGACCCAACUGUAAUGGGUUCAAGGACAACUGACGAGAAUGACGCAUCAAUAGCAUUUAGUAAAAUGUUUUCAAGGAAAAGGGCAAAUACUGGCGGGUCCAUGUCUUCCCUAACUUCUUUGAAUGCAGGUUUACAACAACCACAACAAAUGGUACAAAAUCCAUCGCAUCCACAACUUCCUCAUUCUCAAUCAUAUUCAAAUUUGGGGAAUGCCGUUAUGCCUGGAAAUCAAAGAAAUUUAUCAUUUUCAUCGAUUUCUUCUUAUGGCAAUAAAUUUUCUCCAGUCAGAACUGCUUCUCCUGCAAGACCAAGGUCUGCUAGAAGUUCAUUGGGUUUGAGAAUUUCAAGGGAUACAAAUUCAUUCCAUGAUUUACCAGAAUCAAGUACUUCAGGUGUUGUUGCUCAAGAAGUGUUUUUAGAUUCUCAAUCAACGGGUAAAGGUAAACCCAUGACAGCCGCUAGUGCAAGGUAUAAACGUAAGCAAGAUUCGUUGAGUGAUAUUCAUCGCAUUUACACACCAUCUGCUGUUACCAGUAAUGCUUCGGCAACUCCAUCAUCUUCACUGGUCACACCACCCGCAUUUCCUGCGGGUUAUACGGCUGCUUCAUCAGCCUCAUCAACACCAAAUGCCCUAGAAUUGAGCCAACUUAAUAAUAGUGCUAGUAAUAGUACUUUUAACAACACAAAUAGUGGUACCAAUUUAGAAUCAUAUGGGUCUCAUAAUGCUUCUUCGGUAUUUUAUAAAGAUAAUUCCACGGAACUUUUGCUCGAAGAUUCUGACAUGCCAACCCCAGUUGAAAAUUUCCCUGCAUUGAAAGGCAUUCCAAGAACAACAUUAGAGGAAAAGGAAGAAGAAGAGGAUAAUGCCUUAAAAAAUACCAAUCGCAUAACAACUAAUCAUGAUCGAAUGCACGUACCAUCAAAUAAUGAAACAAUGGAUUACGUGCAAUUAGCUCAAGGCGGUAGUACUAGCAGUAGUCAAGUAGAUUCCCUAAUGACUAAUUCUUUAUCUGCUACCACUACCAGUAGCGUUUUAGGUAAUCACACUUUCCAAGACCAUGCUAAUCCAAUAUUAAACACUAAAGAUUUAAAGAUUGAUAAUCACGGUAAAUUAAUGGGCAAGUCUCCAACUAAUUUGGGGGCUAUACCACAAGGUAAAGCCGAUUUACCAAAUAGAAACGCAAAAGGCAAUAAUAAUAAUGUCGUUACUGGUCCAUUGUCCAAACUGAAUAUGGAAUUCGAUUUUGAAAAUUCUAAUUCAUUUUUCCGUGACCUUCAACCUCAACUUCAAACUCAAUAUAAAUCGAAUCAGGCUUCGAAUAACGCCUAUGGUAAUGCCCAAUCUAAUGAUUUCAAUUCCGAACCUACUGAUAAACAAUUUCAGAAAAAUCAUUCAUCUACAGUUAAUACAAAGUUUAAGUUCCCUCCGGAAUCUUUAGCUAAUUUUUCGGUCGAAGAUAUGGAAACAUCUGUGGGGAUUCCUCAAGAUUUUUUUGAUCGGCCAUCUGAGAAUGGUGCUUCUAAAAAACCCAGCAAUUUUCCAUAUUACGGUACUGAACUCGGUGAUUUUUCAUAUUUGUAA